CAGCCGCGAAAUCGAUUCACGCCGCGCGUUGGGCACAGGCAUCGUUUGUAUAGACCGGCGUGCGCGAGCGCUGCGGAUUUUCAGCUCUUCGAGCGCUGACGCUUGAAGAAAGCGCUUUGAGCCGCUGUGCGCCGCGUUGGCAUCGGUGCCAAAUUGACUCAGGCUCAGGCUAAUUACGUCGCGGGAUUGACAGCGCUGCGAAAAAAUGCCGCCCAGGAAGCGCCAGAAGGCGACGCGCCUCAUAGCGUGGCCCGGCCGCGACGCGGCGCCGCUCCACGAGCGCUUCGCGCCGCGGACCGCCAAGGAUUUGAGGGUUUACCCGAAGACCGUCGAACGGGUAAGAGCAUGGCUUAGAAGGGCGACGGGCCGCUCGCCGGACCCGGGAGGAUAUUCAUCACCUAGAUUAUUGAUUCUCGCCGGCCCGGCGGGCGUCGGGAAAUCGGCGACGCUAGAUGUCCUCUGCAGAGAGGAGCAACUGACGCCAGUGACCUACCGAGACUCGUACGGCUUGGGUGGAGACGGCUUCGGCUUCGAGCGGCGACCGUCGGACUUUAAUGAGCCUAGGUAUGAGUCGCAGCUGGACGCGUGGGCGCGGUUCGUGAGAUCAGCAAGGUACAAGCCCCUGUCCGACGACCGGCCGGCGGUCUUUGUCUUAGACGACUUCCCGACGACGGAGGGGUACGACGACGGCACGUCGUCGUCCAGGAAAGCGUUCAGAUCAAUACUAGAAGAAGUAUGUAGGUCGAGAGACCGCGCGCCGUGCGUGCUGAUCGUGACGGGCGAGAUCAGCGAGAAGUCGGACACGUCGAUCGUCGCCGAGCGACUCGUGGGCGAGUCUGUGAUGAUGUCCCCUCAUUCGGAACUGAUAGAGUUCCUCCCAGUUACCGAAAAAAAGUUAAGGAAGCUCCUCGACGAAGUGAGCGAGGGCGCGGCCUGGCCUAGGCGCCCGACCAUUUCCAGUGAUACGCUCGACGCGCUGGCGGUGGCCGCGCGCGGUGAUUUGAGAAAGUGCCUCUCGACGCUCGAGAUCGCGCUGCGAGGCGGAACGACGGAUCCCGCAGCAACACAUAAGUCCGACGCUGGUGUGAGUGAUGUGCACGCGGUCCGGCGCAUCUGCCGCGGCGGCAGCGCCAAGCGCGACUCUCAUGGACGUUGGGUCGACUCCAACGGACAUGAAGUGGACCCUGAUGCUACUGUUAUGAAUUCCAAGAUGGGCCCCGACGCCUUCGCGACCUUCGUGCAAUUUAAUGGCGCUUCUGAUUUUCAGAGCAUUGAAGAUUUGUCCGAGGCGUGGCGCACGCUGUCGGAUGCCGAAUUAUUAUCAGCUAGAGUAUAUGUACCUGGCCGGGAGAACGACGCUAUAUAUCCGUUACAGUACGUCGCCUCCCUGACUGGAAGGGCUAUACUGGUUGCGAACAGGCGGCCGACGCCGCCUUCGUUCAAGCCGGCGCGCCGGCCUAAGUACUACGACGUGCGGGCGUCGCUGAAGCUCAAGACGUUCGACCGCCGCAUAUUAGAUGCGCCGCCGCGCAUGGCCAUGAGGCUGGGCGAGCGCUCGUACGACGUGCUCCAAGACGAGGCGUCGGACGUUUCCGAUAUUGAGGACUCCGAGGACGAGGCGCCGAGGGAGCUGCUCGCGCCGCAGCCUUUUGAUGAGGACGCAAUGUUUGAAGCGGCCGCAGCGGCCUUGGACGCUGCCGAAGCUGCGGAGCGCGAGCGGGCCGCGGCGGCGACUCCCGCGCCGCCGCCUCCGGUGCCUGUUGCUCCCGCGCCGGCGCCGCCUGUGACAUUCGAGUCCACGGCGCCGCCGCAAACGCGCGAGGAGCGGGCGCCACCACCGGUCUCGCAAGCGCCGGCGGCGGCGCCGCCCGAACGGAAGCGGAAGAAGUGCCUCCUCGACACGUCCUCCGACGAGGACGAGCCGCCGGCCGCGGCGAGGGAGGUCGUGGACCUGACGGCGGACGAGUGAGCCAUUGUGUUAAGUGAAAGACAUGUUUACAA